AUGUUUUCACCGGACGCCUUGAAAACCCUAUGCGCUGGAACUCUUUCCGAUUUGGAGCUAUCGUCUGAUGACGAAGAGCCGUUUGGAUUUACAUCUGAAAGAGAGUUGCAGUCUAUCAGAGUAGGUGCAGAUGUCAUCAAUCAAAACCAACGAGAGGUAUUCACACCCGACACUGAAGAAGAUGAAGGGCCUAGCUCAUUGUGGAUUAGAACGAAUGAUCCAGGAGUUACUGACACCUGCGAUGAAGUGGUUCUCGAAGUACCACCGACAACAGAAACAGAAUCCUCUCAUGAAAAUAUACUUCAGAAUAUUAAGCCUAAACAGAACAUUAGGUGGAGACACAAGGAACUCCUAAACAAUAAAAGACCUCGAGAAUUUUCUCAAGAAGUAGCGUACCGAGAGUACCAAAUUGACAAUGCGCUGCUAGACACACCAAAGAAUAAACAACUCACGUUGCUUCAAUUUCGUCGUCAGCUGGCUGAAAGUCUGGUGUUGAGGAAUAAAAUUAUCAUCGGUAAAAGAGGACGGCCCAGUGGCAGUAGCCCAAUACCGCAAAUCAUUCCAAGAAGACCAGAAGAGAUUCGCCCUGUAGCGGAUCUAGCAAAAGACGGUGUUGGGCAUUUUCCUGCACAUGAUGAGGGACUUGGGACAUUGUGCAAAAUGGUUGGAUGCAAGGGAAGAACCUCGAUUAAAUGUAUAAAAUGCAAAGUUCAACUUUGCCUUACCAAAGAUAAAAACUGUUUCUUAGUAUUUCAUACGUAA